AUGGAUAUUUUGGAACUUAUACACACAGACACUCAACAUAGUGAAAGUCGACCAUUUCGUUGCAGUUGGAACGACUGUAGUAAAGCAUUUUCGCGCCGAUCUGACCUUGCGAGACACGGUCGAAUUCACACGAAUGAAAGGCCAUUCGCUUGCACAGAAGCCGGAUGCGGAAAGAGUUUCAUUCAGCGUUCAGCACUCACUGUCCACAUGAGAACACAUUCCGGAGAACGACCACACAUAUGCGAACAGCCAGAAUGUAAGAAGACAUUUAGUGAUAGUAGCUCGCUGGCGAGGCAUCGACGCAUUCAUACAGGAAAGCGGCCGUACAAGUGUGGUUUUGAUAGUUGUGGGAAAAGCCCUUCAUCAGUUUCCUCUUCUGGUUCAUCACCCACAAGUACACCAACAACCCCUAAUUUUCCCCCAAUUUAUUAUUCGUUACCAUCAUCUUUAUCACCGUCAUCUUCGACUUCAUUAUCACGAACCACCAAUAUUACUGCUGCCCCCCUUUUACCCAACAGCUACUAA